AUGCUGUCUGAAGAUGAGAGCUCGUCUUCUUCGAGCUCUGGGAGCGAUAUUCAUCAGUUGACUAUCAACGAACACUAUGCAAAGGCGUUUCAAGCGAAGAAGGAGCGGGAGGAAUUGCAAAAACUAAAAGAUAAAUACGGCUCGGACGCGGAACUGGAUGAAGAAGAGGAAGAUUCGGAAGACGACGAGUCUGAAGACGAAGACGGUGAACAACUUACGCCAGCUAUGGAUGUUGCAAUCAUACGUACACUGGCGAAGAUUAAAAACCGAGACCCCUCGAUAUAUGACGCGAAGAAAAACGUCUUUGAAGAAGAGCAACAGACGAUUUCAUCUACCAAGGCCUUGACGAUCAAGCAACACGCACUCAACUCGGUUCUCAAUCCUGCAACUUCGCGUUCGCCUUCACCCGCACCGUUUACCUACGCGCGAGAGCAAGAGGAGCUCAAGAAGGAAACUGUCGCCGUCUUCAAGAAUGCCGUCGCGGCAUCUGACGACGAAGACGAUGAGGAUGAUUUCCUUGUACCGCGCGAAAAGACGAAAGACGAGAUUGUGCGCGAGGAGGAAGAGUAUCGCGAGUUUUUGCAGCGCGAGAUCGGCCCGAAUGUGGACAUUCGCGAGUUGAUCACGGUCGAGGAUGAUACGGAAAGAAUACACGAAGAGGGCGAGGGUGAGACAUCAAUGCCGAGCAAGAAGAAGAAGAAAAAGAAAGAAAAAGCAGUCAGACCAGAACAAUCGGAUCAGGACUUUCUCGUCAACUACAUCCUCAACCGAGGGUGGAUAGACAAGAAUGCUAAACGUCUCCCUACGUACGAGGAAAUCACUGGCACCAAGAAAAAGGCAGAGAAUGAAAAAUCUGCAUCUCAGGCCAACGAGCAGGAAGCGGCAGCAACCGACCAAGUACAAGAAACAGUGGACGCCGACGACAUUGAUGUUGAAGACGACUUUGACGAUCUCACAGAGAGGUUUGAAAGCUCGUACAACUUUCGAUUCGAGGAGCCAGGCGCAGCAACAAUAGCGACGCAUCCACGUAACCUUCCCUCGCUUGUUCGCCGACAGGACACCUCUAGGAAGGAAGCAAGGGAGAAACGCAAGCAGCGCAAGGAGGAGGAAAAGGCCUUGAAGCGAGAAGAAGUCAAGCGGCUCAAGGCACUGAAGAUGCGUGAAAUCCGAGGAAAGAUUGAAAAGAUUGAGCAGGAAGCCGGUAAAGGUCUCAAGAGUGACGCUCUGAAAAGCCUCGAGGAAGACUUGGACGACGACUGGGACCCCACAGAGCAUGAUGCUAAGAUGAAGCGGUUAUAUGAUGAAGACACCUUCUACGCUGUAGAGGACGACGACAAGCCCCAUUGGGCGGACGAUAUCGACAUUACCGAUAUCGUCGGUCCGGAAGAUAAAUCGGAACAAGAGCCAAAGAAGAAGAGAAAGCGCAAGAAGGACAAAGACGCAAACGAGGAUGGUUUUGCUGCCGUCGAUGAGGGGGACAUGGAUGCCAACGUCGAACACGAUUGGGAAUGGGAAAGGGCACAAUGGGACGGUAGCGAAGAAUCUCGAAAGCGCUUGGUACAGAAAUACAUGGACGAGGUCUACGCGCUCGAGUUCAAUGACAUGGUCGGUGACCUCCCGACACGGUUCAAAUACGUGAAUGUACCGGCCUCUUCGUACGCACUGGACCCCGUCGAGAUUCUGCUGGCGUCCGACAAAGAGCUGAACGAGUACAUGUCCAUCAAGCGCUUGGCUCCGUACAAGAACAAGCAGCAUUGGGACAAGGAUCGUAACACGAAGCUGAAGGAACUGAAACAGAAACUGGCAAGCAGAACAUGGGACGGUGUACCGGCGUCGGAGUGGAGCUCCAGUGGUCGGCAGAACCGCGUCGAAGGGGGAGAACACAAGAAAAAGAAACGCAUGGGAAAGAAAGAACGGAAGAAACUCAAAGCUGCAACGGCUGUGGCAGAGGCAGAUGCAUCAGGGCACACGGAGGAUUAUGGUCCAUCGAAAGAUGUACAAGCCACUGAAGAGGAACCCCCGAGAAAGAAGCGAAAGAUCAAGGCAUGA